AUGUCGACGACCACAGUUGAGCUUGCUUUGCAAGGACAACAAGAGUCACGGAGCCCAGUCCGCACAUUUGGUCCGAGUGCUGACGAUGCAAUCGUUCAAGCAAAGCAAAAAUGGAAUGACCCUCCCAUCAACAAAGGGCGCCUUUUAGCCACCUUCGCCAGCUUCGCGGUUGUAGGAGCGAGCGAUGGUGUCUACGGACUUCGCGAAGACUAUAAGUUGUCUACCACCGUGGUCUCGUUGAUUUUCGUGACCCCGUUUGCCGGAUACACGAUGGCCACCCUCAUUGUCAACAAGAUUCAUAUGACAUUUGGACAGCGAGGGAUUGCGAUCAUCGGUCCCCUAUGCCAUAUCAUUCCGUUCGCGAUAAUGGCCAUCCACCCGCCCUGGCCGGUAAUGUUGGCCGUCUAUGUGAUUGUUGGUUUGGGAAAUGGCCUCAUCGACGCGGCAUGGAAUUCUUGGAUUGCUGAUAUGGCCAAUGCAAACACGAUGAUGGGUUUCCUCCAGGCAUUCUAUGGCCUCGGGGCGACCCUUAGCCCAACAAUUGCGACGCAGAUGAUCAAGUCCGGCCUACGCUGGAACUAUUUCUACUACACUCUGCUUGGUGGCUCCGCCCUCGAACUGCUGGCCAGCGUGGCUAUGUUCUGGAAAGAAAAUGCGGACAGCUUCAGAGUCAAGAAUUGCAGGAGUCCCGAUAGCAGUAGUGGGAGCAGAACUACAGAAGCAAUGAAAAGCCCCAUUACCUGGCUGAUAGCGGUGUGGCUGUUUGUGUACAUGGGUGUUGAAGUGUCCGUCGGCGGCUGGGUCGUCGAUUUUAUGGUCCAGGUCCGCAACGGAGAGCCAUUCGAAGCUGGUCUUGUCUCAACCGGCUUCUGGGCUGGUGUCACUAUCGGCCGUCUGGUACUCGGAUUCGUGAACGACUGGUUGGGCAUGUUUGUCGUGUCUGCCGUUGCUGUCUCGCUGCUUGGCUUCUUUACUGGCCCUCUCUUUCCCGCAGCAAUUGUAGUGGCGGCCAAGCUACUCCCGAAGCAUCUGCAUACUCCAGGAAUCGGGCUGGCGUCAGCAUUGGCCGGCGGUGGUGGUGCGAUGUAA